AUGGCCCUCUUCAGACUGGAUAGUAUACUGAUUAUUUACCCACGUUCAGGAACCACCUUAGUCCAGUUUGGAUUACAGGAUGACGUUUUUACCUUGCCAGAUUUAGAGAUUCCCACGGUAGUUUACAGAAGCAAGAAAUCUGAUGGUACUGUGUCUUAUCACAGCCAGGCGGGCGAAUCCCGGGAAGAAGUGAGGCCAAUUGAAAGAGGGUCAAUUACAGAUCUAGAUGCAUUUUUAGGGUUUUUGAAACUGGUAUAUGUGUCGAUCUUGCAUGACGUUUCGUCGAAGAAGCCAGAAGCCUUUGAGGGACAGCUGUCAAAUAUUCCAUUAUUGCUAAUGGCUCACCACUCGUGGUCGCAAUGCCAGUCCGAGACCGUCACUCAGUUUAUUUUCGAGAGUCUGCAACUCAAGAACGCAUUAUUAUUGCCCGUGUCAUUGGCUUCUUCCUAUGCGAUGGGAUCGCUACAGAACUGUUGUGUCAUAGACAUUGGGACAAACCAUACCGACGUGAUUCCGAUCAUUGAUUACACCCCGCUAGCCGCAUUCACGUCAUCUGUUUCCUGUGGCGGGCAGCUGAUCAAUGAUCAAUUGAAUAAACUUUUGCCCGAUCUUACAGCUGAACAGAUAGAGGAUUUGAAAAAGUCGCCCAUCUUUGAAGUGCUGACGGAAGAUGCGAAGAAACUUUCGGCAUUUGAUUUCCAGGAGAGCUCAGAGACAGACGAAGGUGCAUUGGAUGUUGCCGCCAUUGUUACUAGCGGCCGUGACACGCGUGAGAUACUGGAAGAAAGAGAACGUCAAAAGAACGAGAAGAACGUGUCAAACGCCCAGUUAGAAUCGAAUACAUUUACUGAUAGACAUGGUAACGUUAUAACGGUGGGCAAAAGCAGGUUUCAGGGCUGCGAUCGACUUAUAAAGAUGAUUUCUAACAGAGUGGGUAAAGCGCUGGAUCAGAUUGAUGACUUAGUUAAGCUUCGGGGCGUUUGGGAGAAUAUUAUUGUGAUUGGUGGCACAUCUGCUAUUCAAGGCUUCAAAGAGGCUUUACUGGCUCAGUUGAUCGAUGAUUUUCUGAAAGUAGAACCGGAGGAGGAAAGGCAGAAGAGAGAAAAGGAAGCGAUGGGCGCCUUGUCCUCAAAAAGAAAGAAUAAGUUUAUGGGAACCGGUUUCAUUUCAAAUGUUGAAUAUGUGCAGGCACCUAGCGUCAUCAAAUUGGCCAAGAACCCUGAAUAUUUCCCCGAGUGGAAAAAAAAUGGUUACUCGAAGAUCGCCUUCCUGGGUGCCCAGAUUGUGUCUAAACAAAUCUUUACCCAUUCCAAGGAUACCUUCUACAUGACGAAGGAUAAAUACGACACCAAAGGUCCUGCCGCUUUGUGGGAAGUAAUGUUUUAA